AAUCAAACAGCUCUUGAAUUAUUCAUCGUAGCAAGCGUUGCCACCAAAAACAAUGGCUUUCUCUCCGCCUAAACUCCCCCUCUUUCUUUUCACUCUCUUCUCUUUACUCUUCUUCAGUCGUGCAAAACUCAGUAUUGAUCCUUCUGAUUACAGAGCCCUCUCCAUUAUCCUUAAAGACUUGGACAUCAGCGACAGUCAACGCCUCAUUUCCACUAAUCCAUGCAACACCGCCGGCGUUUUUUGUGAGAGGAGGCUCUCAAAGAAUAACACCUACAUCCUGAAGAUAACUAGACUCCUUUUCAAUUCUAAGGGCCUUACUGGGUUUGUCUCUCCAUCAAUUGGACGGCUUUCACAGCUCAAACAGUUGUCUCUAGCUAACAACUCUUUGGUUGACCGGCUACCGCCCCAGAUCGUUGACUGCAAGAAACUUGAAACUCUUGACAUCCAGAACAACCAAUUUUCUGGUAAAAUCCCAGCAAAUUUGUCUUCGUUGAUACGGCUUCGAGUUCUUGAUCUUUCAGGGAAUAAAUUUUCUGGGAAUUUGAAUUUCUUGAAAUAUUUUCCAAAUUUGGAAUAUCUUUCUGUCGCAAACAAUCUUUUUUCCGGGAAAAUUCCACCUUCUAUACGGUCUUUUCGCAACCUCCAACACUUUGAUUUCUCGGGAAAUAAUUUCCUUGAUGGUCCAGUACCAGUGAUAAGCAAAACUGGAUCCUCAUCGAUUCAGUAUCCAAAAAGGUACAUUUUAGCUGAGGCUCCAACUACAGGAAGGAAUAAUUCUCUGGGUCCGGCUCCAGCUCCAGGUUCAAAAAAAAACGAUUCUAGUGCUCAAGUUCCUAGUCCAUCACCAUCAACUCCCAAGCACAAAAAAAACAGUAAAAGGAAGCUAAGUGGAUGGAUUUUAGGAUUUCUUGCCGGAGCACUAGCAGGUACCAUUUCUGGUUUUGUCUUUUCGGUGUUGUUUAAGUUAAUCUUGGCAGCGAUUAAAGGUGGAGGUAGAGAUUCUGGUCCAGCAAUAUACAGUCCAUUAAUAAAGAAAGCUGAAGACUUGGCUUUCCUGGAAAAAGAUGAUGGUCUGGCUUCUUUGGAAAUCAUAGGGUCAGGUGGGUGUGGACAAGUUUUCAAGGCUGAGUUGCCAGGAAGCAAUGGCAAGAUGAUUGCUAUUAAAAAGGUUAUUCAGCCUCCCAAGGAUGCAGCAGAGUUGACUGAUGAAGAUAGCAAGUUAUUGAACAAGAAAAUGAGGCAAAUUCGGUCUGAGAUCAAUACUGUUGGGCAAAUUAGGCACAGAAACCUUUUACCUUUGUUGGCUCAUAUAUCUCGACCUGACUGUCAUUUACUUGUGUACGAAUUUAUGAAAAAUGGAAGUUUACAAGAUAUUUUGAAUGAUGUUUCUCAAGGCAACAGAGAAUUAGAUUGGCAAACUAGACACAAGAUCGCAUUGGGUGUGGCAGCUGGACUUGAAUAUCUUCACACAAGUCAUAGCCCGCGCAUUAUUCAUUGAGAUUUAAAACCCGCAAAUGUGCUUUUGGAUGAUGAUAUGGAAGCAAGAAUCGCUGAUUUUGGGCUUGCAAAGCAAAUGCCUGAUGCUCAAACACAUAUCACCACUUCAAAUUUGGCGGGAACUGUGGGUUACAUAUCUCCAGAGUAUCACCAGACAUUGAAAUUCACUGACAAGUGUGACAUAUAUAGUUUCGGGGUGUUGCUAGCAGUUUUGGUGAUGGGAAAACUUCCUUCUGAUGAGUUCUUCCAGCAUACAGAAGAGAUGAGCUUGGUGAAGUGGAUGAGAAAUGUAAUGACUUCCGAAAAUCCUAACAAAGCGAUUGACUCCAAGCUGUUGGGCAAUGGGUUUGAGGAACAAAUGCUUUUGGUCUUAAAGAUCGCAUGCUUUUGCACUGUAGACAAUCCUAAGGACAGGCCCAAUAGCAAAGAUGUUAGGUGCAUGUUGUCCCAAAUUAAGAAAAAUUAGUUAAUUAUGCAAGGGAAUGUUUUCUCAAGAUGUGUUAGAAUAAGGCAACAUGUGAUAAACAUCCUAUGCCUUUGGUUUGAUCCAAGUCUGUAAGAUGUAUAAUUAUUACCCUUUUCUGAACUUGUGUAUCGUUGCAGAAAGUUAUAACAU